CAUGCAUGUGCAUCUGCAGCUCACUUCCUCGUGCGACUGUUACAGCAAAAACAAAAAUCGAUACUACAUCAGCAAAGUGCCGUCCUUUCAAGUGCUGGUAAGCGAAUCGAAAUCGAUCAGCGAAAAUGGCUGUUUGGGGCUCCCUUAAAAUCACCAGUGGUAAGAAGAUCAUCGCGGCUCCAUCAUCGCAAAGCAUGCGAUUUUCUGAAUCUCUCACGGCGGCCCUGGGAAAUCGCAAGUGUAAAUAUAAAGAGGUGUCGAAGGAUAUGAAUCAUUAUAUCAACAUGGAAGAGGAGGAAAAGGUUAUCGCCGUUCCACCGUUUAGCAUUAACCGCUUGAAGGCCAUGAUUCAGAAAACCAUCCGACAACAGUUUAUCAUUCGAGACGAGGAUGGUGAUCUGCUUAAAUAUGUAUACAAUCCGGAAAAUAAUUUGGAAUUGUGCCAAAAAAUUGCCAAAGUGAUUAAGGAUAAGAUUCGAGCGGCCAACUACGAUCGCUACCGGAUUAUCAGUUUAUGUACUGUCGUGGAGAAGAAUGGUCAAGGAAUUAACUAUAAGAUGAAGUACAUUUUGGAUCCAUAUUUGGACAAUUAUGUCGAAUACUGCCAUGACAUGGCAAAGUUUUGGAUAAUAUCGACUGUGAUUUUGGCACACAAAGAUUGAAUCAGCUAAUCUAGCGAUGCAAUUAUCAGAUUGAACUUACAUUCGAGCACUCGAAGUAUAGAAUGAUGUCUACGGGAGCGAUGAACUUCUCGAACUCUGGUCCCUGUGCUGGUUCGCGGGGAUAGCUAAAAUGAUGUUUUAUGUGUAGAAAAGCGUUACAUAGAAAUAGCUUCAAUACUCACCCAUCAAUCAAAUAGCCAACCGUACCCGCUAGCGCUUUCACCAUCGCCGCCUCCAACAGCUUUAGCACAGUUUCGUUAGGCACCAGGAUACCCUGUUUCAUCAUAUCCUGCAACUCCUUGCCCUUGUCUGAGCCGGAUGCUACCUCAUCGCGGAGCAAAUCUCCUGUGCUGAAGUGCGAAAAGUUGUACUUGGCAACAAUCUUGGCACACUGGGUUCCUUUGCCACAACCGGGUCCGCCGAGAACCCAGAUAAUCGGCACGUUGGCGUCACGCAUCUGGAAAGUACCGUUGUGGUUACGUUAGAUUUUCGGAUAUAACGAACGGUCGUAGGAUUAGACACACACAUAUAUGUAGGUAGUUAUUAGUUUAUUGUAGAAUAAUUUGUUUAAUGAGUUUUUGGAUUUGAUGAGUAAUCACCAAUAAAGGUCUUGCCUUCAA